UUGGAAUGGGUGAAAGAAUCGAUAAAGAAAAAGAUGAAAAAUUGGAAGAUUUUAUUGAAUGGGGUAAGGAAAUUUGUCAAAAAUUAAGGGAUCUUGGGUAUUGGUCUGAUCUCACUGAUCCUGCUUCAGGAUAUCCAAUGUUUUCCGAUCCUGGUCCAUCGACCUAUCCAGACGUUCAAGGUGCCGAACAACUUUUAAAAUAUGAUAUUUAUAAUGCUGGUAAAGUUUAUCCUGGGACUUUAUUUACUACUGCUAAUGAAAAUUGUAUUAAGCAAAUUAUUAAUGAAA